AUGUGCCAGUCUGGUCACGUAUGGGAUGUCUUCCCGAACUACGAUAUUUUCAAGGUGAAUGAAUAUGGUAAUGUCCUCGAUCAAAUUACCAAAAAUGACGUCUACGAUUCGGAAGCCUUCAUUAGUCCGGAUGGCAAAAAAAUAGUUUACACCAGCAAACAGAGUGGUGAUUUGGAUCUCUGGAUCACGGAUAUUAAUGGAGCACUAAAAAUACAGCUGACAAAGACGAAAGGCUAUGACGGUGGCGCUUCCUUCUCACCAGAUGGCAAGAAAAUCGUUUUCCAUGCAACUCGUCCGAAGACAAACGAGGAAAUCGUCAUAUACGACCGCCUACUGAAAAACGAUCUGGUGGCUACUAGCAAGAUGGAGCUGUACGUGAUGGAAGCGAACACGGUAUGUGGAAAAGGCGACGACGAAAAACGAAAAGGCGAUGACGAAAAACCUCUCUUCAAGCAACCACGUGGUGGUCUCGACUGGACCCCUUAUUAUCAUCCAGAUAAUAAAAGGAUCAUUUUCAGCUCUAAUAUGAAUUCGGCGAAGCCGAAUGAAUACCACCUCUAUAUAGUCAACGAAGAUGGCACUGGACUCGAGCGGGUGACCUUCGGCAAUGGAUAUUUCAACGCAUUCCCUGUGUUCUCGCAUGACGGCAAGAAAGUCGUCUGGUCAUCGAAUCGAGGUUCUACAAAAGAAGGGGAUCUUAAUCUGUUUAUCGCUGACUGGGUAGACCCUGGGAGAGAUACCGAUGAUGAAAGCGAUGCAAAGGAGGAAUUGCGAACAAAUCGUAUUCCGAAAAAGGCAACUCAGAAGAAUGCGAUGCGUUGGCAGGAUAAGGAGACCACUCCUUAUGAUAACAUAGUUCAUUACACGGGAGAACGACGUUUGAAGAACGUUAAACAGCUGACUUUCCGUGGACAGAACGCCGAGGGAUACUUCAGUUACGACGACUCGAAAAUCAUUCUUCAAGCGACUGGCUACGGAACUACCUGCGAUCAGAUUUACGAACUUGAUCUCAAUGUUGAUCCCAGAAAGCAGAUAAUGAAGAGGAUGAGUACUGGUUUGGGCGGUACCACUUGUUCGUUUUUCUUCAACGACCCCGACAAUAACCUAAACUCUAGAUGCCUUCAGCUGAACGACACAGUUCGUGAUACUAUUAUAACACACACAUGCCCGGCAAAGAAGUGUGAAAAUCGUAAAGCCAUUAAAGAUCCUGUCCUUAAAGAGCUCUGUAACACCGUCUACACCUGGGACAUCUAUCCCACUUUCGAUAUCUUUAUGGUGAACAAGUACGGUAAUAUCAUUAAACAAUUGACUGACGAAGCUGGAUACAAUGCUGAAGCGGUGCUGAGCCCUGAUGGAAAGACCAUCGCAUUCACAUCAAUCCGUAACGGAGAUCUCGAGCUAUUUACGAUGAAUACGGAUGGUACGAAUGUCAGACAGGUUACAAACGAAUAUGGCUACGACGGUGGAUGUUUCUUCUCACCCGAUGGGAAACGUCUUGUGUUCCGUGCAAGUCGGCCAAAAACCAAGGCAGAAAAGGAGAAAUAUCAGAAACUGCUUGAUUACGGUCUGGUGGAGCCAACACUGACGGAGAUAUAUGUGGUGGAUGUCGAUGGAAAAAAUUUGAAACAGGUUACCAACUUUGGUGUUGCCAGUUGGGCACCCUACUAUCUGCCCGACAACAAAAGGAUUAUUUUCAGCUCUAACUACAACAUGAGUGCGAAACAAUUCGGUUCGUUCGCUCUGUACGUCAUUAACGAGGACGGCACCGGGCUGGAACGUGUAACUUUCGGUGAAGGAUACCAGUUCAACGCAUUCCCAAUGUUCAAUCGUGCUGGAAAUAAAUUAGUAUGGGGUUCUAGCCGUAAUCGUACGAAAGGGGCUUCGUUGAAUCUGUUCAUAGCGGAUUGGGUCGAUAAAAUCGAUGAUGAUAACACCGGUGGAGGUGGUGGUGGUGACAACAAAAAGAAAGACGAAAAAGAAAAAGAAGAAAAGAAAUCAGUAUCAGUACAAGCUUUCUCUUUCUCUUUGUUACUGAUUCCAUUUUUGUUGCUAAUAUUCCACUGA